CCUGCCGGCAGGCCCGGCCUGGCCUGGCAGACAGGGUGCUGCUGCGACAGGGUCCGUUCUCCUCCUGCCGCAACGACGCGGACGGACAGCAGCAAUACGUACCGCCACGCUGUGCCUGAGGGGAGGCGCGGCGCUGAGCCCCGAGAGGCACAAGAUGGCGGUUUGCCCCGAGGUAGCGGUUGUCGCCGGGCCCAAACUCUGGCUGUGGGGUCCGUGAGAUGGCUGCUUGCUCCCAGCCUUGGGAGAACGGGACAGAAGGGAGGAAAUAGGGGUAUGGAAGGAGUGGUGCCAUGGCAGGUUUGUCAGCAGAGGUGUGACGAUUGCCAUCCUGCUCGCAUCCUGGCAAUAAAGCGUUCCCUUCUCAGCACACGGCUCCCACACCUGCGCCAGGGUAGCUGGGCUACUGGCACUGAUUCCCACAGAUAGAUAAUGCUUGUUAUAUUGAACUUUGCUGACACAUAAAUUAGGUUAUCAUCUGUAUUCUCUUUGUAGUGGUUUUGUAUUCCUCUAUGGACAAUGUUCGUGCAGCAUUGGUGGCUUUGAAUUCUGGUCUCUUUCCCUUCAUCCUCAAGGAGGGUUACAGAUGGAUUUUAUCCAUGGAUACAGGUUGCUUCUCAUUCUCUGCUUUUCAAACAUUUCUGAAAAGGGACUGCAUGCAUUUCACUGGUGGAAAAGCAGGCAGAACAAUUAGUGUUAUUGUUGUCACUCUUCAAUCUCAAGCCAGUUGUCUUUGGUGGUCAAUAUCAAUUUUGGAUUUUAACCCUAAUCUGAAUUAUGCUGGAAGAUUUGUGCAGGAUAACUGCAUAUUUCCCUGGCACAUGGUAAAAUACCAUUACAUGGUAUUUUAAAUAUUAUUAGGGUGCAUCAGGUCCCUCAGUUGGGAAGGCCUCAUGGUGGCUCACAGAGAGCAAAGGGGCAGUGCUCAACUCUGCUCUAUGGGGACAGAGAUGGGGCCUGAAGGAACAGCAUGUAGCUGUGUGAUGUGAGGGUCAGGGUGCUAGGAAAAGGUUCCUCAACAGAGGGUAGUGGGCAUGGCAUAGACUCCCCAGGACAGUGGGCACGGCCCCAAGCUGCAGGAGUUCAAGGAGCAUUUGGACUAUGCUUCCAGCUAUAGGGUUUGGGGUUUUGGGUGGUCCUCUGUGGAGCCAGGAGUUGGAUUCAGUGAUCCUGUUUGGUCCCUUCCAAGUCAGGAUAUUCUUCUAUGAUUCAUCUUAUGUGUGGUGAUAGGUAGAUUUUUCAUGAUAGCAAGGGCUCUGGAUAAAAAGCUGUGAUCUCCUUUCCUCUCUCUCUUUUCCUUUUUUUUUUUUCUUUUUUUUUCUUCCCCUUUUGUAUGUGUGUAUGCCAUUGUUUGCUAAAUUUGUCACAACAGGCUUAUCUUCAGGAGAGUAGAAAGGGUCUAGGAGUAGACCAAUUACCUAUAUCCACAGAAGCUGCUAAAUAGUUGGUGUUUUGUCAGAGGUGGCAUCUUUCCCCAGUUCACCAAAUGCCAGAUUUUCCAGGGUAACCUUCUGUCUUGGACACUUGGGGGUUGAAAUUUAUCAUAUAAGGUGUCUGUUUGAAGUUCUUUGUGUUUUGAGUGUGUAAGGAGGUGAGUCAUCCAUUUUUCAUGUGGGGGGAAAAAAAAACAAAACAAAAAACACAACAGAAGAGAAUCUUCUCUAUUAUAAAAAAAAAAAUAAAUCUGUUCUGCAUUUUCUUUGAGUUGGCCUGCUGCUGAAACAGACAACGUAACAAACAGACAUAUGCCAUGUGCCCACUCCCCUGCUUGGGUCUGGCAAAUGUGGGGUUUGUUUAUGAAAGUUCAGAGCCUUUGAAAAAUUGUUUACUGAGUGCACAUGCAGUAUUUUUACAACGUUGGCAGUUGGGUGUAGUAUUGUUCUAGGAGGAACCCAACAUAUUUAUCUCUCCAUACAAGCUGGGAAGUAAAAUACACAGUUGUGGUCAAGAGUUGCUGUAAGAUGCAUGAAUUCCGAGUGCAGAGUUCUCCUUUGUCCUGUGAAGUCUCAUCUGAACACUUGGAAUUUAUGAAAUAUAAAUGACUUUCUAUUCAGGCUCUUUUUAGGUGAAUAAAAAGAUGCCAUCCUGUUACUUUGCAAUGGUGAAUGAUAUGGUAGAAAAACACAUGCAAGCCCUGUUAACACUGCCAGAGCAGAGGCCUUACUGUUUUAAUACUCCAAUGUAUCAAAAAUUCUUCUAAAACUACAGAAAUAAUGAUGAUAAAGCCUGAAAUAAAUUUGAUACUGUUUCUCAGUAUUAUGCAUUACAUGACACAGAACAUGACAGAAGUAUGUACAGUAUUCCUAAAGUCAGAUUCAGGCAAUAAUGAAGCUUUCUUACUUAAUAUUAUUGAAUCUUUGGAACAAAUUCAUGUUUUGAUUUCAUAUUUAGAUGAUGCAAAUUCUCUAAAAUUACUAAAGCUUUUACAGGCAAGGUUUUUGGUUUUUUUUUCACUUCUUUUUGUUCCCAAGCAUUUUACAUCCAAAUCCUUGAUAGGAUUCGGCCAGCAAAAGGUACGUAUAGGACUGAUCCCAUUCACUGACCUUGAAACAGGUCCCACUGAAAGUCGAUGAAAAUAUUGCUAUUUAUUUCAACGGAGUUAGAAGCAGGUCCAUAAGACUUAAGUAGGGUUUACAUGGUACUUAGGUUUUAUGCUUGCCCUCUGCACAGGGGUGAAUCUCAUUCCACAAGAAUGCCACUGGUGUAUAGCAAAAACUCAGCAGCAGUAUAAUCACCUAAGCCUGAAGGACAUCCUUCCUUUAACAGUUUGUACUUGGCACUGUACAUUUACUUUUUUUCAUAUAUAUGCAUUAUGUAUAUGUUUUGUUGGUGAAAAUGCCCUACAAAUUAAGUGCAGAAAAUAAUUUUUUGUGUUAUAAAUAAAUAAUGAUUAAAAGAACAAUUUCCCUUCCUCCCAAAUGAAAACGGUUUUCAUCUUUUCAACUAAUAAGGCUUUGCAGACUGUCAUUAGUACCACAAUGUGCUAUUUCAGCGCGUUAGCUCUUGACUGGUGAUUACAUCAUUAUCAUUAACUUUGCUGUAGCAUAACUUCUAUCUCUACUGCUUAUCAAACCAUUAAUUGGAAGGAAUCAAUUCCUGUCAGCCUUUUGCUUUGCUGCUCCCCACUGCAAAAGGGCAGUGCUCAUGGGCAGCUGUCCCCCUUUCCAGCCUUCCUGGUGAGCACGUACCUGCUUGCCCUUGCUGCUCCCAUGUUGGGGCAGCACUGUUGCUCCCUAGUUCAGGUUGCAUCAAGUGAGGCCAGCUGGAGCAGGUUAAAGACAGCUAUGUUAGGCUGCUUUUUCACUGAAGCAGGUUAAGGAGUGUGAGCUCCUCUACCUACUUGCAGACCUUUUCAGUGACAGACUCGAGCAAGAAGAGUAAGACAAGCUCUUGGAGUCAGUAACCUCUCUCAAUGGCACAGCUGGAUUUGGGAGAGGAUGUCAGUGCAUAGCCUAGUCACACAAGCAUUUGUGCUCUACAUGCUGACAAAUACCUGAUGGCAGCAAAAGUCUACAUCAUCUAAUUAUAAGGAACAAAUUGUCUAUUUUGGUAACUAGAAGAGAUUUUAUUAGGUUACAUUAUGUUCCUAGUCUUCUAGAGACUAGACUUCCAGAGAAAGUCUUUUCAAUGCACCCUUUCCCUCUCAAUUUUCAAAUUGUCAGACAUAGAAUUCUCAAAGGAUUCCUUAAAAAAUAUUUUACCUUUGGUAAUUCCUACACUCUCUUUUUUACAUUAAAACACAAUAAUGAAGAUUCAACCUCCUGUACUUUUAUCUGCCUCUCUCAUUUGCAUGUCUUUUCCUCGUUAGCUUUGAUAUCACAGUGCCAUCUACUUGAUGGACGUAGUCAGAUUAUUUCCCUUAGCAAACUGUCACACAGCUGUAACCCUGCAGAAAUCCAACGUCUGCUCAGUUUGAUCACCAAUUCUCCUCCACCCCUCCAAGCCCGCACCUUGGAAAGCUGGCCUGGCUCCAUGCAUGUUUUCUGAGCUAAUAAAAUGCUCUAGUGGAACAAUGACAGAUCCAACAGCACACUAAGAGCAGUUCAAGCCCUGGUGACCCCUCUCCUUCCUGACAGGUGUUUUGUUUUAAAGCCGGGUCCUUCUCUGUACACAUAGAGCACUUCAGCCCUUUGGACAUGUAAACUGGGGCAGCAGCUUUGUUGGGAAUCAGAAGGCUUCAUGGUAGUCAAAGGAGCUUGGUUGCAGAGCCUGGUAGAUUGAGCUGUUCCCUCUUAAAAACAUCCACAGCAUGUUCUGAGCCCUGGAGCUGUAUGCUUUAUUAAUUUCUCCAACAAAUAUUUAGAGAAGAAACACUAGAGACGGCUAAAAGAAACGAUCACUGUGUGCUCGCUUCCAAAGACCUGUUUCUCUACUGGAAUCACCAGUCUGGCAAGAUCAGCAGUCAGAGGCAAGGUGACAUUGCCACACAAAAUUACUUCUCACCUACAAGACAGGCUUUUUUCUUGGUCUACACUAUGGAAAGGUUUUUGAAGUUUUUUUUUUUUCCUAUGUAUAUUUCAAAGUAGUUUUGAUUCAUUCAUUCAUUUGAAAGAUGAAUGCGUAGUAGACUUCAGUUUUACCUAUCCUUAAGUCUUCCAUUUUUAUUGCUUUUAUCCUCAUCUGUCAGUCUUUUCUUAUCUUACAAUUACAGCCCCAGACAGAUAGGGUGAACAUCCUCACAGCUUCCCAGAGCUCAGAGUCCUUGGUGGGCCUUUCACGUGAGUGCUCUUAUCACCUCAACGUUUUGUCUCUCAAAAGAUAUCUUUGCUCUGACUCAUGCAUACAAGCAGAGCGAGAAGAGGUACAGGCUUGCUUUUAUCUGCACCCAGGUGUGUGUGUGGAGACUGGGGGCUAAUAGAGACAUCUGAGCCCGUUGCUGUCACCUCCCACCCGUGGAGGGGGUGGAACAGCUCUCUGUAGCAUUUCCUUGUACCAUGCUGAUCCUCUGCUACCCACUAGGUGUAAUCGCUUUACUGUGCAGAGAAGAGAGCUAAUUCCGAGGAUGUAGGGAAGCAAGGAUGAGGAGCACCUGUGGACUCAUCAUUAAACAUACUGAUUAAUCUACCGUUAAUUGUAGCAAUGGUUCUCAAGCAGGGCCCAGAAGGGAAUGUGGGCACGCCAUUUCCCAUCCUGAAAGAUUUCUAAUGUUGGCAUUGAGCUAAAUUUGUUUGCUGCAAUUUCACGCUGGCUGGUGGGGGCAUGGUGCAGUGCAUUAGGAGGCUGUCUUUUUAUUGGAUGGCCAUUGCGCUGAGCAAACCUGAGGUGUUGCCUGGUGUCACUGCCACAGGGCUGCAGCUGCAGUGCUUCCUUCCACUGGUAGGGAACAGCAUGCUAAUCAGCCCAGAGCAGCACAUUGAGUAUGGGCUCUGGGAUACCAAGCUAUAAAGAAAUAUUCCAUAACAGCUGUGAGGAACUACAACAAAACAAACAACUUCUUAAUGGCCAUCAGUCUUGAUGGCGUUCCUGGUUCAUUUAUAGCUCAGGAUGAAGAUAAAGGUUAACAUUGAUCGUACAACAAUAACCCCUUAUGUGCAACUACUACAGUUGCUUGGGAACACAAAGCCAAUAUUUUCCAUGUUGACACCAGCACCUGUUCUGUCUUGUGAGUGGAGAGGUUCCAUGUAAAUAUCCCGUAUGUGAAUGCUAACAUCCUCUGGCUUCCAGUUUGCUUAGGAGAAUUAAAUAAUCCAGGGGUCAAAGAGAUAUUUGCAAUGAUUGUAAAAUGAGCAUUUUGUCCACACAGAUGCCAGAUAUUUCUUGUCUUAGAGUUUAGUAACUUUGAUGCAGCUCAGCCAUCAGUUGCUACCACGGCCAGAAGGGAACAGGAGCUGUUCACUCAUUGAGAGCUGGUUGCUAGUGCUAUCUGAGUUCUUCAUGUGCAGUUCUGGUAGUGCUUUCUCAACUGUUUUAUUAUAGUCCAGGUGAAGUACAGCAAACAGUAGUAAGAAUCUAUAGGGAUUACAUCUGGUUGCCUCUAUAUUAAACCUCAUGUGGAACAUGACUUCAGACAUGCUAUUUUCAGUGUUUUCCAUGCUAAGUGGCACAGAGGAGAUGUUUUGAGGCUUCAGAAGGGACUCUGCAUUUCCAGACUGUGUUGUACACUAGCUUUGGGCUCCCUGCUGCCCCAGAAAUGCUGCUGUUGCCUGGACUCAGACCACUACAAGCUCAAAGGCAGGAGCAAACCACAGCUGGCUUUCCCUGCAGCCACUUCCUUGCUGAAUGAACACAAACCUUGUCAGACUGCGAGAGAGUGGUGGAGGAAGAGGAAGACACCUCUUGCAUGUGGGUAGAUUGCUGUCGUAAUAAACACCUGAACAAACCAUUAUAUCUUGGCUGGAACUCUUCAUGUGUGGCAAAGAGCCUGCAAAGCUCAGAAUUUAAUAAAAGUUGUUCCUCCACCUCCACCCAGCCAAAGUAUAUUCCCCAGUUUUCCCUAAGGCAAUCUUAAUUUAAAUAAAUAUAAUAAAAUCUCAUAGAGAUGAUGAGAUCUGUGCUUUCAGAAAAAUGCAGCAUGGUAAAAUCCUUGAAAGGGUGAAUAACUUCUCUGGACAGUGCCAGCUUAAGCAACUACGUGUAAGCAACUGCUCACAUGUACCCGUGUCUCUCCCUGCUGCAACUGCUGGCAAAGCUGUGUGAUGAACUAAGCGGGAGAGCAGAUUCAGACGGAAAAUGGCCCAGGGGGAAGGCAGGGGGCUUUCAGCCAGAUCACCUCCUCCAUCCAGCUCAGAUGCUCAGCUUGCACCCUGCCACCAAUAAUGGGAACAGGAUUGCGGGGGGGGGAAGGGGACACAAAGGGUGGUGACCGUUUAAACCAGUUUUGCCACCCUUGCUGAAUGUCAAGCCAUUGCUUGGAUAAAAAGAAAACAAACAAAACUCAGGAAAUCCCCAAUGUAAGGAAAUAGGGCAGCCAAUUUCCCUCAACUCCCACUCUAAUCUGUUUAUUCCUUGCUGUGAUGCUUGUCCCUGCUCCCUGGGUACCCUUCUCGCCCUCACCGCUGUGCCUCAUUAGGAACUGUUGUGGUCUGUCUUACAACACACAUGGGUUUCUUGGGGAAUAGCAAAGGGGAGAGGAGAUGCAACACAUGGGCUGCCUGCGUACUGUGUGCCUCCUCUGUGCCAGCACGAGCUCUUCUUGGUAUCCUCUGCUUUAGUCAUUUGCUAGGUUGUGUGCAGACCGGACACUUUGUGCAGCACUGGCACUGCACCAUAAUUUGGCAUAGAGAAUUGCUUAAUGGUUUCUUCAUCUUUUCCUUACUCUGCAGGGUAGAAAUGAGGGGCUUUGGUCAGGAGGCAGCGUCAUAGUGGAGCAAGCUCUUUUUGGAUAAACACAAGUUGGAGAUGCAUUAUCAUUGCUGCAUUGUAUCCCUAUGCUCAUCACUUUGUCUCGCAAAGUCCUUGGGGAUGCAGCAUGGCAACGUGGCAGCAGGGCAGCUAUGACUCUCACCCACUGGGCGUGUGGCCGCCUCACGCAAGCAGGCUGCCCACAGGGCUCCUGAUGCACUGAUCCCUAAAAGCAAUGGGGCUGCAGGGCCAGUGUCACCGCUGCGGCCAUGAUUGCUGCUGACGGCUGUUGGAGCUCUUGCCAGGAUAAAUCGAGUCCAAGCUGAGAUGCCAGCAGCUCCUGCUGUUUUGACAUGAGUUUGAUUAGACCGGCAUGACACGGCAUCCACAGGCAGUGCCUGAGUGCCAGGGGCCAUUGCUUGCAAAUAGGAUAAUAAGUUCUCUCCCAGGGACUGAGCCAGGGGUACUGCGAGCAGCUGUUUUGCUGCCAUCAGACCACAGCAAGUUGUCACAACAGCCGCUCCAGGUCCUCCACAUGCCUCAGUGUCCCCUUGGUGUGCACAGGCCCUUCUCUGCUCCAUGCCUGGGCUUCUACCAGUGUCCCUGUGCAAGAGGAACACAGCACUGUGUGGCAUCAGAGUGGGUCGCACGCUGUUUCUGACCUCGCUGAGGGGUUAUGACUGCCCUGCAACCAAAGGAGCUAAGGAGCGUCCCCUGAAGUAGGGAAAGGCAGUGGCUGCAGCUUGGGCUGGCUCUUAAACCGGCCCCGUAGGGCUCACACACACGCAGUACGUGAAUGCAAACACCGCCUGGGGCGGCAGCUUCCCGGAGGUGGAGCCGCACCGGUACAGGUGGAAAGGCUGAGCCUUCCCCUGAGCAGUGAGCUGCCUGCCCAAGAUCACCCCUCAUCCCCUGCCCCACACCAGCCUGGCCAUGGCGAGCACGGACGGCGUAGGGGGCCGGAGGAAGAAUUUGGCCCUGCUGCGGCACAGGCUGUACAUGGGGGAGAGGAGGAGGACGGAGCCCGUGUUUGAGAGCAGCGGGGCUGGGGAGCACGGUGCCUUGCGCAGGAGUCAGUCGGACAGGACGGAGUACGGCCAGAAGCUGCAAGAAAAAAUGGCCCCACAGUCAGGAUCCACAUCCUCUGCCACCUUGCCACGGGAGGAUGAGGAAACUACCAAAUGCAUGAUGGCCAGGAGGGUAAAAAUCAUUGCAGAGCUCAUGCAGACAGAGAGGGACUAUAUCAACGACCUGGAUCUCUGCAUCAAGGAAGUGAUUCAGCCUCUGAGAAACAAGCAGAUUGCUCGCUUUGAUGUGGAUGGCUUGUUUAGCAACAUCGAAUCGGUCCAUCAGAUAUCAGCCAAGCUGCUGUCACUGCUAGAAGAAGCCACAACAGAUGUGGAACCACCCAUGCAAGUAAUCGGGGAAGUGUUCUUGCAGAUUAAAGGCCCACUAGAAGACACAUAUAAAAUCUAUUGCUAUCGCCACGAUGAUGCACAUACCAUGCUGGAAUCCUAUGAAAAGGAUGAAGAACUGAAGCAGCAUUUAAGACACUGUGUACAGUCCUUAAAGUAAGAUCUUUUCAAAUGAUGAUUUCCGUCCAUAGUCAGUUGCCUGGCAGGGAACAUUUUAAAUGGAUGCAGAUGAAAGGUCCCCUGUAAAUCCAGAGUUUUAUGAGGCUUGCUGGAAGCUCUGGCUUAUG